CACCGUCUUUCUACGAAGUCGCCCCGAAACAAGUUGUAUUAAAAGGGGCGUGGCUUGAAUUAAAAUAUGAAUCCUUCUAAGUUAUAAAGGCAUCAUCUCAUGCCGCGAGUUGGCUGCAUGUUUGAUGACUUGCAGAUGUAAAAUACAACUUGCUUUACUUAUCUCUUGGUGCUGAAUAAGAACAGGCAAAGAUAGCGAACAAGGGCCAUCAGAAUUCUUUACUACAAAUAUAUUUUCAAUCUCUUUCACAUGAUUAUCUGCAUAAUGAUUGAUAUAAUAUUUCAGUGAGGUCUCUUCUGAAAAUAUUCCUUCAUUUUUAAUGGUGACUUUUUCUAGAUCAUGAUGGAAACUCCACAUCUAUUGUUUGUUCUUUUAGCUUUCUUAUCGUCAAGCCUUCAAGUCAACUGUGAUGUACCAGAUGAUAGUUUGGGUCUUGAAGAGCUGUUCAGCAUUUGCGUGAAUGAAUCAAGGCAUGAAUUUUCCUGCAAGGAUCGUUGCGGUCCGUCGAUCCCAUACUCAAGGUGUUGCCAGUGUGACUCGGAGUGUCUUAGUUUGGGCGAUUGUUGUCUCGAUUACGAACACUUCUGCAUCCUUCCACCGAACCAUCACCAUAUAACGAGGUGGGUACCGCCAAAUCCUCCUGUACCCGAUCCCUGGCAAAUCUCAUCGGUGAGUCUCGACGAGGAAGGUGAUCAAACUCGAUUACCUGAUGACGAGUUCUGGGCUGAUGAUUUCAUGAUCCCACCGAGCGUUAUCGGGUCGUACUUUUCAGAUUUUGACAUGGCUCUUAGGAGAUCCCGUAGGUCCGAGGCGAAAGAUUGUGUUCACGUGGGGUUUAACAGAUACUUCAGAUUGGUGAAAAGAUGCAUGGAUGCGUCUUACUUUGGCAGCCAACUGGAGGAGAUGUGCAAGAUGGCGGAGGAUUGGGACUUCUUAUCGUCAUUGCCUGUGGCAGUGACCAAUGAUACGCAUUACCGGAAUAUCUACUGCGCCUUCUGCAGUGGAAAACAGUUCAAAGACAUCUACUUGUGGAAAAUAGCUUUCGACUGUGAGACCGAAAUAGGUGAUGCGCAUUUGCAUCGAGGGGAUUUGUUGACUACAAUAGAUGUACUGAUGAAACUCUGUCAUUAUGAUAUCAUGCCAACCUUGGCUCCAGGUACGCAACUACCUCGAUCUUGCAUGCAUAUCGAUGGAUUCGACAACGAAUGCAUGCAACAUGGAGGAUCGACACAGAGCACUUGCCAUCAGUUAUGCGACGCGUAUACAUACCCUAUACUUGUUAACGGAAAUUGGUACAAGAAUGUCCACUCUGCGUUCUGUGGAGAUGAAUUCCUUGGAAAAUCGAUCAACGUAACCUGUUCCUUCGAAAAUGGAAUACCAGAUUACAACAUCAGACCACUGUCUCUCCCGCUGCUUUUCACGUUUUCUGCCAAAGAUGGUGCAUUGUUGAAUAACAGGGGCGAGGAAUUGUCGACGGCCCAAAAUUCGUUGUUUUGUGGCAUCAAUGAGUGGUUCGAUCCAUUUCUCAGAGAAUGUAAGACAAUUCACUGUCCCGGCAACUCCUUGGUCAUCGACGGGGUUUGUGUAAAUGAUGUUAAUAAAAGUAGUACCUUUGAACAGUGCUCAACGAAUAACUCCUUCUGGAGACAGAAAUGGUUGCAACAAUCCAUCAAAAACAGAUCAAGAUCAGCGUUGCUCAAAGUUCGUGCUGUUUCAGAUCACCAGUCAGCCCUGAACCUUAUAAUGGUAACGUUUCGUGUUAUUCUGGCAAGCGAAAAACUGAAUGUUAAGAUACACAAUUUCAAAUCUGUAUCUUCAUCAACACGAAACUCGAGCCAUCAGAUCUACGAUGUUGCCUUCGAGCUUCAACCGACCGAUGACACAUCGGACUAUUCUAGUAUGCCUUCUUCGAUCCGAAGGGCGAUGCGUCUUCUGGUUUACGACAGCGAACUCACCAUGUCGGUAAUCUCUAUUGAAUGGCAAACCUAUGAUUCCUUGGACAUCUAUUCCGAUGCCUGCAAGGAGUCUCAUGGGGAUCUGUUUCUUAAGGUGCUAUGGGAAAAAGACACCACCUUCUACUUGGAUGAUCAAUACGAUGAAUUGUUCCUAAACGAAGACAUGUUCGACCAGUUUAUACCGAGGAAACUAUCCAUCUUCAGUCACAACGACAAGGAGUGGUCCCGAUUCGAUUUUCAAUGUUGCAACAGCCCAUUACUUUGCAAACAGAUAACCUUUAAUUCCUCGGAGUUUGACUGGGAAAACUCGGUCAACGGAAGUCUUCUGCAUAAAGCGAGUGGCAUAGUAAUUUCGCCUGAUGCAUUCUCCUUAGACGGGAAUAGUUUUGUCCGGGUUUGUAAGUUUAUAUUUGACAAUGAAACAACUACGGGCAACCAAAUAAAAGACUACUCCCUCGAUAGUCAGACAUACUUGACUCUUGUUGGUAAUGUCAUAUCCAUCAUCUCUCUUCUAGCGACCUUGGUCACUAUGUGUACCUUUGCGAAACUUCGAAAUCUACCUGGUAAAAUCAUAUCCUGUUUGAGUGUUUCGCUUUUGCUUGCAAACAUUCUUCUUUUGGUAAGUUUCCCGACAUCCUCUGAAUGGCUUUGUCUAUUAUUUGGUGUAUCGCUUCACUACGCGUGGUUAAGUGUCUUCUUUUGGGCGAAUGUUCUGGCCGUAGACCUCACCCGGACAUUUCGAGUCAACUCUAAAAGAAUGGUCUUCAGGAUCAAGGGCAAUGUUCAGUUCAUUUUCUAUUCCAUGUACGCGUGGUUGUCCCCGGCAGUCAUUGUCACGAUUGGUCUCCUGGUCCAUUUCCUGAUAGGGCGAAAUAUCUACAGCACCACCGGCACCUGUUGGCUCUUACCCAGUCAGCCCAUCAUAUAUCUCUUUCUAACACCCUUCACAUUCUUCAUGGUGGUCAACACGGCGCUCUUUAUUGUGAUUAUGGUCAGUAUCAGUAAGACGAAGAACGAAAUGGACAACGUCGCCGAAUCAGCCAUCAACAUCCAGACAAGGGCACUCUCAUGGCUAGCUGUAAAGCUUUCGUUUACGUUGGGAAUCACUUGGACACUCGGACUGGUUGCUGCUCUCACUGACACCCCGAUUACCUGGUAUAUUUUCAACGUUGUCAACUCCUUCUCUGGUCUUGGUGUCUCAGUCUCCAUCAUGGGAAACGGCAAUGUUUGGAAACUCUGGCGAGCGAAAAUAAAAUGCUGCAGCCGUACGGACGCAGAAAGCGCCAAAGAAAGGAAAAGUGUAAACCUUGAGAAGGCUGCGUCAGAAUGCAGGGUUAGCAGUGCCACCAGCUGGGAGCAGAAAACAAGUGGGGUUCAAAAAAUAAUCCUGAAUAGUGAAAUCUGAACCCAUCUCUUGUCUGCAAUGAAGGAUACAAUAGAUGUUCAUGAUCCAUUUAAGACAAUUAAAAUUGUUGACCGCGAGCAAAUGCGUUGGUAUACUUCAGACAUACGACAACAGAAACAGUGCAGUAUAGGAGGGCUGAAAGACGCUGGAGGAAGUCUCGACAAUCAACCGUACUUUAAAAUGGUUGAUUUUGCGGAUAACGUGACUCUCCAUUUGUUGUGCACAAAUUUUCAGAUUUUCACCAUUUUCUUUAAAAUUGCAUCUUGCCUCCAUCUGAGCACAACAUAUGUCAUGGGAAAAUAUAAUUCACACAUCAUAUGUCAAGGACAUGAGAAGAUAAUGUGAUAUAAGUAAAAUAAAGGGGCAAAUCUGAAAAUUUGUGUACAAAACAAAGGAGAGUUUUCCACAAAGUCAGCCAUUUUUAAGCACAUUUGCCAAUUUGAGAAUCCCCAAAGAAAGUACAACACGACUUUAUAAAUGUCCAUAACUUGCUUAAUUCAUAACCGAUUUUGACGAAACUUGUUUUAAUUUGUUCCUCUCAUUUUACUC